AUUCCAGCUUCACAUAUAUGCUUUAGUUGCUUGCAUUUAUCACUGCUAAAUACUCGCUGCAUUUCUCUCCUCUCUGUGCUCUACACUUUGUCAUUUAACAUGGAACUUAGUUUAAAGUACCAACUUGGCCUCCUUUGUGCCACACUGCUUUUACCUGCCCUGUGUACCUCUCAGGACUUUUCUACUUGCUCCAGAGCAACCUAUUACGGUAGCCCAGAUUGUUAUGGAAAUCCAAGAGGAGCUUGUGGUUAUGGCGAUUAUGGAAAGACGGUAAACGAUGGCAAUGUGGCAGGCGUGUCAUGGCUAUGGAGGAAUGGAUCUGGCUGUGGAGCAUGUUAUCAGGUUAGGUGUAAAAUAGCACAAUUCUGUGAUGAGAAUGGAGCAUACGUGGUGGUGACAGAUUAUGGUGAGGGAGACAGAACAGACUUUAUCAUGAGUCCACGUGCCUAUUCAAGAUUGGGGAGAAACACAGAUGCAUCUGUAGAGCUUUUCAAAUACGGUGUCGUGGAUGUAGAAUACAGAAGAGUCCCCUGUAGAUACGGUAGCUAUAACCUCUUGGUUAAGGUCCAUGAUCGUAGCAGAAACCCUCACUACUUAGCCAUUGUAAUUCUCUAUGUUGGUGGCACUUACGACGUAACUGCUGUAGAGUUGUGGCAGGAAGAUUGCCAAGAGUGGAGGCCAAUGCGUAGGGCAUUUGGGAUAGUAUUUGACGCAGAGAACCCCCCAAGGGGUGAGAUCAAGUUGAGGUUCCAAUUGAGGAGUAAUGCAGAGCAAUAUUGGGCAGAGUCCAAGAAUGUGAUCUCUAGUAACUGGGAAGCGGGAGCUGUUUAUGACUCGGAAAUUCAACUUACUUAAAAUGAAAAAAGUACUUUCUGAUCCCAGGAACAGAAGGCAUUUGUAGUGAUUAGGUUAAUAGUGUUCUAUUGUUUAUGGUUUGUGUCAUUCUAAGAAUGUUCCUGUGUUGUGGGUGGAUGUAGUACUCUUU